AGCAAAGAAGAACACUCAAAAUGGCGACACGAUAGAAAAGUUGAUGRUGUUUUCUAUUCCCCUUAUCUUUUCCAUGUAGUUGUUUUAAUAAUACCAAGUCACUGCCAUCUGACAUAAGGAAAUACGUGUUUUUGACAACGCGAGAAUUGAAUGUUAUCGAAGUUACAAACUGUUAUUAUUCCACACAUUUUACGAGCACCGAAGGCCCACUAGCUAUGCUAGCUUUUACUUUGGGUGGAAAUGUCAAAGAUUGUCAGUGUGGCUCUAGAUGCCUAAUAUAGUUGUUGAAGAAAUCAUCUGUUGAAGUGAGCAUGAAGAUGAUCUACACAUAGAAAUGGAAGAGGAUGUGAAGAAAGUWAAAAAGCCGGGUAUCGUGUCUCCCUUCAAGCGUGUGUUUCUGAAGGGAGAAAAGAGUCGAGAUAAGAAGGCUCAGGAGAAGACUACAGAACGCCGUGCCCUCCACACCUUCUCCCUCUCCCUCCCCGACCACCGCAUCGACCCUGACAUCCUCCUCAAUGACUACGUGGAGAAGGAAGUCAAGUACUUGGGCCAGCUGACGUCAGUACCAGGAUACCUGAACCCCUCCAGUCGAACAGAGGUGUUACAGCUCAUUGACAAUGCCAGGAAGUCCCACCAGUUGGCGGGUCAGCUUACUUCGGAGCAGGAUGCAGUGGUCAGUCUGUCGGCCUAUAAUGUGAAGCUGGUGUGGCGUGAUGGAGAGGACAUCAUACUGCGCGUUCCCAUCCACGACAUCGCUGCCGUGUCAUACAUACGAGACGACUCGCUGCACCUGGUGGUGCUGAAGACAGCCCAGGAGGCAGGUGUAUCUCCGUGCCCCAGUACCUGUCUUGACCUGUCUAAGUCCCAGACCCUCAGCUCUCUGUCUGAGAGCGGGGCUGUACUGGUAGAGGUCUGCUGUCUGCUAGUACUGGCUGUAGACAACAAGGCAGCAGCAGAGGAGCUGUGUCUCCUACUCAGCCAGGUGUUCCAAAUAGUUUAUACUGAGUCCACCAUAGACUUCCUGGACAGAGCCAUCUUUGACGGAGCCACCACCCCCACCAGACACCUCUCUCUCUACAGUGACGACUCUUCAAGCAAGGUGGACCUUAAGGAAUCAUUUGAAGCAGAGGCCAGUACCUUUUCCUUCCAGGGGUCUCUAGAGGCAGGGGGCGACUCUCCGUCCCCCACCUCCACCCCAGCCUCCCCUCAGACCAAGACAGCCAGCGAAGGAGAGCUGAGCACCACCGCCACAGAGCUGCUACAAGACUACAUGACCACGGUAGGGUGGGUGUUGGUACAAGUUGUCGUUCAGGAGAUCAGCAGUUUGCUAUCCUUCUUCAGAGUAGUACGGAGCGCAUCGAUCCAUGAGUUUGUACUUCGCCAGCUCUACGGGGACAGCAGGAAGUUCCUCCUACUUGGGGAACCACUCCUGCCGUUCAUCCCGGAGAAGGACAGCCAACACUUUGAGAACUUCCUGGAGACCAUCGGCGUUAAGGACGGCCGCGGCAUCAUCACCGACAGCUUCGGACGCUACCGCCGCACCGCCAGCUCCGCCUCCGACUCAACCACCAAUGGGAACGGAGCGGCGGGAGGGGACGGCGGUGGGUCUGACGAAGGCCUGGUGCCCUCCGAAGGAGACGAGUGGGACCGCAUGAUCUCUGAUAUCAGUAAUGAUAUAGAGGCUCUGGGCGUUAGUAUGGACCAAGAAGGGGUCACACCCUAGACCCUAACCCCUUGCCUCGAGUCUGGGAGAAGGGGUGACGCCCUAGACCCUACUCCCUACCAUCGAGACUGUGCUGCGGUAUGGACCAAGAAGGGGUCACACCCUAGACCCUAACCCCUUCUCCCUAUGCCCUAACUCAUACCCCCUAGUCCCUACUCAUCCUGAACCAACAGAGAGGACGAUCCAGCCAGCCCAGAUCCCAACCCCCUGAUGAUGACAUGCUGUGCAUUGUGGCCAAUCAGCUUUCAGUGUGAGCCAGCGUGGCCAAUCAGCUUUCAGUGUGAGCCAGCAGUGGCCAAUCAGCUCGGCCGUUCAAGGAAAACGUCAUUGAUCCAUUCGUAGUGGUUUUUACUAACUGACUGAAUGGCAGCCUUCUACGUCUCUGGGGGGUUUUAUCGUUAUUGGCAGUAUCUGCCAUCAGUGACCAGGAUGAAGCUGAGUCACCCUCCUGAGGGCAGCCAUCAUGAAUACCCACAAUGCUCUGUCUGGUGUCUCGCUUCACAAUUGGUAUGUUUUGACAUUGCAGCCACCUUUAAAGGCGAGUCGAGACCGACUGAUUUGUAGGUCAAGUCAGUCGCAAUUUUCCCUUCAUACAGCACGCUUUUGAUGCUCUGGAACACGGCCAAUCAGAGUCUGUGGGUGCGUUGUACAGGAAAUAAGGGUGCCAUUUGAGACUCAGACCAGAAGAUGUGCCUGGACACAGAAUAUUGAAUAUUUUAUAAUGACUUAUGUUCAUGUAUGUAGUAGUUAGCCUGUAUUUCUAACUAAUAUGUGUUCUUUAAGGUCAAUCAUUAACCUUCUACAGUCUCAGCCCUGUCCUAAGACUGGGGGGGGGGGGUGGCAAGGUGGGGUUCUACUCAGCUGACAUAUGGAAUUGUUUUAAGAAGGUCAUACCAAGGACAUUUAGCUAUUCGAUUUGGAAUUUUAAGAUCCCUUGGAAGUAUAAAGAAAAUAUAUAAAAAGUAUUUGAUGAAGCAGUGAAUUUGACCUUACAGCUGUUAGCCCAUACAAACACAUUGAAUAACAGAUUCACUACAUGGAACGACAGAUAGUAAAAAAAAAAAAAAAAAAAGAUUAUCAAAAGGACGUGUGUUCUGAGGUGUCUUCGAUAUAUGCGAGAUAUAAGAAAGAUCAGGAACCUUUUUAAUUUACAUUUUAUUACAUGUAUUUGACCUCUUAUUUUUGGCACUAAAUUAUCUCCAUAUAUACUUCAAUUCGUUUUUUUCAACUGGUUUCCUGGGACCUUCAAAUGAGUCUUGUAGGGGGGGGGGGGGUCGUAGAGCAAAACGGAUUUGGAAGUUCGACGUCGACGGAUGUGGUGGAUUAUUAAGAUGCAUCCAAUGUAAGGAAACUGAAAUCUCUAGUUUAAACUGAAGGAUGUUGAUGAGGAUUUUUGUAUUAUGCUAUAUGAUUUUUGGCGGGCUGUGGAAAUCACUCUGGGAGGGGUUAACUUAAUCCACCAAGUAUCUUCUCCUACUCUGCAUAUUUACUGCUUUCCUUUUUUGUUGAUGUUUUCCAAAUGCACCUAUUCCUUAUUUAGUGCACUACUUUUGACCAGAGCUCUAUGGGCACUCGUCAAAGUAGUGCACUAAAUAGGAAUAGAGUGCUCUUUAGUUGUUUGGACUUUGUGUUUUAUAUACUGAUUUACUUGUACUAUUUUGUUGUGGUUUUAUGUUUUACACUUAGCCUCAUUUAGCCUUAGCCUAGCAUUUAGCCUAGCAUUUAGCCUUAGCCUAGCGUUUAGCCUUAGGCCUAGCAUUUAGCCUUAGCCUAGCGUUUUCUAUUAACGUUUACCUUUUUGUCUUAUCUCAGUCAACGACAUAUGUUGAUAAAAAUGUGACUUUGUGAAACUGAAACCUCCAUUCAGAAUAUCUGGAUGGACAACAUAUCUGACAAAGCCAGUUACUGGCUGAUUUACAAUUCAAUGCCCAAUCUCUUCUCAUAGCGCAGACAAACAACCUUACCUUCAGCCAUGCAAAGUACACCGUAAAGUAGUAUACUAUAUACCAACCCCUAUGGGUCCUGGUCUAAAGUAGUAUACUAUAUACCAA